AUGAAAGAUCUUUUCAAGCAACGGCGGAAACAGUCUCUUGAGUCCAUCGAGUCUGACCGUGGGAUAAUCGACCCUCGCGAUCCGGAUCCUGCUUCGGUCACGUUCCUUGCUCCAUCAGACCAGAUUCAAAAGGCUGCGCUUCAAGACCUGGAGCUGAAAUUUGCCAAAGGUACUGAGGCCCCAGACCUACUGCACAUCCAAGACUCUCUCUUGCCCGGGGCGGCCUUCGAAAUGAGCGCUUUGCCUGGUUUAUACGUAUUUCCUUCUCUGCUCACCCCUCAUUUGCAAACUGCCUUGCUGGAGAAGCUUCUGCACCGUGACCUGAGCAAUCGAGUUCACAAGACUAAUCUAUACCUGCACUAUGAUGUCGAAUAUCCUGUUUCGAAAGGGGAGGUCCAUGGAAGUGAUGCUGUCAGCUCGUGCUCCUUCUUCAGCGCUGACAGACAAGCAUAUCUCGUACCCAAAGAUCCUGCAGUCCAUCGGCCUAUUACCUAUCGCCAGGUGCUCGACUCGAAGCUACGAUGGAUGACGCUGGGAGGACAAUACGACUGGACGAACAAAAUCUACCCUGACGAGACUCCGCCAGUCUUUCCUUCUGAUAUUGCUACGCUACUGAAGAUUCUCUUUCCCACCGUUGACGCCCAAGCCGCGAUUGUCAAUUUUUACAGCCCCGGUGAUACAUUGAGUGUACACAGAGACGUCAGCGAAGAAUGUGACAGAGACCUCAUCAGCAUAAGCAUCGGUUGCGAUGGUAUCUUCCUCGCUGGGAAUGACGAUGGUACCGACGUCGCCACUAUUCGCUUGAGAUCAGGAGACGCCAUAUUGAUGUCGGGGCGGUCUAGAUAUGCCUGGCACGCGGUUCCGAAGAUCGUGGCCGGCACAUGCCCACCCUGGCUACAAGCGUGGCCGGACAUCUCGAAUGAACCAAAAUACCAAGAAUGGCAUGGAUGGAUGAAGAACAAACGCAUCAACCUCAACGUGCGGCAGAUGAAGGAAAAGUGA